AUGAGGAAGAAUGCGACAGUCCUUGUAAAGCAUCGCUAUGGUCUGGAUGUGUCCCCGAGACAUAAUGGUCAAUGCGAUAACGUGAAACAGUUCAAGCAGCUGCAGUCAGACCGGCAGAACCUCCUCAAGGAAAGAGACACCCUGUUCACAAAUGAGGUCCUGCAGCUCCCCACAGCGCCGUGCAAGGUGAGCUGGCUUGACUACUUGGCCCUCGGAAGGGAAAAACAGGGCCCAGAGGGAGCAGCAACAUCUAACCAGGACAUGAGAGAAGGGAACAAACGAACAGCAGAAGCUAUGCAAGCACCCCUGAAAUCUGCCAGCACACAAAAGCCAGUGUGGCUUCACGCCGUGUCAGGGAACGGCAGCCCUCUGGUCGGCAGCACAGGGAUCUUCCUGGCUGUGCCAGUGGGUGGUGGGGGGAGCGUGCUGCCCUUGGCCAGUGACUUAAAGCGAAUCCAGAGGCCUUGGGAGACAUUAGAAGCUCUUGUCCAAAGCUGCAGACCCCCAUGGAGCAGCCAGAUUUGGCAGGAUGGACCUCCGAUGGACACUCUGGGGACACCGAAGAGACUUCUUCACCUUGGGCUGACUGCUGGUUUGAGUCCACUUCGUUGCAACUCUGCUACCGUGUUCAAGGCUCACCUGGUCCAGGACUCCAGCCUGGAGAAGGUGCUGGAGGUGCUCAAGGACCUCAUCAACGAGGCCUGCUGGGACAUCAGCUUGAGGGGCGUGAACCUGCAGAGUAUGGACUCGUCCCACGCCUCCCUGAUGCAGGCCUCCCUGCAACCCGAGGGCUUCGACACAUGCCACUGGCACCGCAACCUGGCCAUGGGUGUGAACCUCACCUGCAAUGUCCAAAAUACUAAUAUGUGCUGUCAACUAACAACUGAAGAUAAUGCAGACACCUUGGUGCUCGCGUUUGAAGCACCAAGUCAGAAGAACGUUUCAGACUAGGAAAUGAAGUUCAUGGAUUUGGAGACCAAACACCUUGGAAUUCCAGAACAAGAGUACAGCUGUGUAGUAAAGAUGCCUUCUGGGGAAUCUGCACGUAUAUGCCAAGAUCUCAGUCAUACUGGAGAGGCUGCUGCAAUUUCCUGUGCAAAAGACAGAGUGAAAUUGUCUGCAAGUGGGGAACUUGGAAAUAGGUAUAUUAAGUCAUCACAAACUAAUAAUGUCUACAAAGAGGAGGAAACUCUUACCUUUGAGAUGAAGGAGCCGCUGACUUUUGCACUAAGGUACCCGAAUUCGUUUACAAAAGUCAUUGCACUCUCUUUGACAGUAACACUCAGUAUGUCUGCAGAUGUGCCCCUUGUUGUAGAGCAUAAAAUUGCUGAUAUGGGACACUUAAAGUACUCCUUGGCUCCCAAGAUCAAAGAUGAAGAAGGAUCUAGGCAUUCUUAAAAUCCAAGAAAAGAAAACUAAGCUCUUUGAGAACAGCUUCCAAGAUGCCAGCAUGUACUGAAGUCUUCUGUCACCAAAUUUGUACCUCUAAACAUAUAUGUAGACAUUGAUUUCUACAAAUAACCUAUUUUUUCCUCUAGUCCCUGUAAGUUGUUUAAAGAAUAAAGUCUAAGGUCAAAUAUGGUCUUGUUAACCUAGAAAUAUUUCUGCCUUACUUAGAAAUACUUAUGAGUUUUACAGUACAAAAGGGUCUGGACUCUAAAUGCAGUUUUAAGAAUUGUUUUUCAACCUAAAUAAAGUUUCCUAAAUUUCAAA